UUUUGUAUAUCAUAUAAUAUAAAACAUUCUCAUUAAAAGAGAGCAUGGACUUCUUACAACAUCAUUGAAUUGUGUGCGCUUAGUAUAUUUUUUGUGAUUGGGUAAAUUGUGUGUUCUUUGUAUCCUCAAUAAUGAUGGUCUCAAAAUUAAUAAAUGACAAAAUUAAAACUUUACUACGAAUAUAUUCCUACGAAACCUCGUUAUGAAGCAAUCCAUUUAUUAGAAUGGAUUUACCAAAAAAAAAAAAUUCCAUUUAUUAGAAUGGAAAACUAAGAAGUUGCAUAAUCGAGGAAAGUACGAACCAUUAUUAGAAUGUGUGCCCCACGUGGAGUGAUCCACUUACUACCAGAGACAAGGACAACGAAGUCCCAAUGAGAAGAUACAGAUUUUUUACAUAUCAAAGUAGCCACUUCACGUGUUUUUUCGCAUCUUCCUUUCGAAAUUCAACGUACCGACAAUACAAACAUGUAGAAAGCUCGUUGUUGUAGGCUAAGCCGCGGCAGGCUCUCUCCCAUUUUCCAGGUCGUAAGAUCCACACCAUCUAGUCCAUGAUAUGAGCAGGACGUGGUCGAGAUGGUUCAUCGGAGUUGGGGUGUGGUUCUGGUUGUAGUUGUUGAUGGUCCAAGUCCAACAGUCUAUGCAGCUGAGACUGAGUCAUCCGCUGCGCCAUUUAAUGGACAGGAUCAAUGAGAACUCAGCUUCUUCUUACAUUGGCCUUGUCAUGGCUUCCUUUACUGAGGAACUCGCACUUCAAAACUCUGGUUACUUUGUUCCCAGCUCCCAAAUCCCCUGGGUUGACUUGGCUGGAAUGACUGUGCAAAUCCUUGUUGAUGUGUUUGAUGUUAAAGGAAUUGUCCAUUAUGGGAUUGCUAAAAGUAGUAACGAUUCCUUAUCUCUUGGUGAUGUCAGUGUGCCAAACUAUGUUGCCUUCACAAGUUCUUGGAAAUGGAAGGAAUUCAAGUCAAGAAAAGGGAAAUAUCCGGAAUUGAAGUUAGGAGAUUUUAAUUUCCCUACAAAGGGAGAUAAUUUGUUGGGUAAGAUAGAGUUUACGCCAGAGGAAUUAUAUUCCAGUGGGAAACCAAUGCAAGAGGUCUGUUGGCUUCCGAUAGAACCAAAAUGGUUGAGUAUUGCUUCCCAGAUUCAGAUUUUUAAAGUUGCAACAAUAUGUAAACGAGACAGAUUGCCUCCCUGAAACACCACAAGUUAUUUUUGGGUUGAGAGUUUCCACCGCAGAUAUAUAUCUUGACAAUGCAGCAUAUCGAGAAUUUCUUUUCAAAGUAUUCAAAGUUUCAACUGUUGAUGAAGAGAGUGCAGCUGUUGUGAUGACAUGUCUGUCAAAUGGGGUGCCUUCCAUUGUGUUUCGUGGGAUCUCGGAUUUGGCUGGCGGAGGGGGAAAGCCAUCAUCAACAACUCUUAAGAUCCUUGGCUUCUAUGAAUGCGCUUAGUGUUGCAGUUGAGUUCAUUGCCUUGUUGAAUAACCAAACUGCUUUAUACAAAGACCGCUAAAACAAAACUUAAUUAACACGUCGAUUCUAAAUUAAGCUGAGAAGAAGCAGGGACAAAAUCCCAUUGUCGUGCACAAUAUUCAAAUAAGGUUUAUGGUCUUUCAUCUAUAAUCUAGCAUCUGCCUCACAUUGUUGGAAUUUUAGGAUUUUCCUAUUUCUUUCAGUCCAUACAUAGUUCGGGUGAGACCACAUGUUUUCCUACUUUUUGGGCAUGAAUGUAUGAUAUUGUGCUUCAGUUGCUACAAAAUGGUUCAUCGUCAAUUGUUUGUUUGUUUGUUUGUUUU